AUGUUCGAGACUACUUAAACAACAUUGGGCGUGCAGGCUCAGUCACACUCUCACUGAGUUCCUUCAGGUGUUUUUACACAGGCAGCACACACUGAAUAGCAAACCAUGGCAAGCGGUAAAGUGUGUUUUCUGGCAACUCUGUGCUCCCUGCUUAUCCUGUCCACCUUUAUCGGCGACGCACAGUCAGCGAGGUGCUGCCUGGGGUACACCAAUCGUCGAUUGCCAUGCAAACCGCUGCUCGGCUACACCAUCCAGAACAUUAACAGGUCCUGUGACAUUCCCACUGUGAUAUUCCAUCUCCGAGGGAGGUUUGUGUGCGCCGACCCUUCGAGCAUCCAUACUCAGAGAUUGACGAAAUGUUUGGAUGCAAGGUUGGAAAGGAACAAUAGGAUCACAGCAAACCGAACCUGAGACCACAACACAUCAGCAGAUUUACUGUAUGAAGGAUAUAUCUAGUAUUUAAAAUGCUUUAUGCACCCAUGUACACUGAUAGGGAUUAUCAUGUCAUUUUUGUUAAAGUAUUAUAAAAUGUAUUAUUUUAUAAGAUUGUGGGUUUUAUAAACAGCGAAGAGAAGACAUGAAGACACUGAAGCUACAGAGUGUAAUUCCAGAUGUAUAUUUUUGUAAAGACAUUGUUAAGAGACGAAUGGGGUUUUAAAAUGUGCAUUGUAAUUUAUUUUGUCAAAGAAUUUAUAAAAACAGAGAUGAUUGAUAA